AUGGCUGGGGGUAUGUGGGACCGCACCCAGCGGGCCCCAGUGGGGGCUCUAACCCUGACAGCUCUGGCUGAAGGGAUCAGGGCCAGCCAGAGGCAGCCCCAGGGACCCCCUUUCACGGGCCCUCCACCUGAGCCCUGGGAGCUUCAACAUGAGGCUGAGCCUAGAAGUGGGGCCACUGCCCCCACAGUUGGCAGUGUGCCAUGCUCUCCAAACAGUGCGCCGGAGCAGGGAUCCCACCAGGCCUCCCAGACUUCCUGGGAGGAGGGGGCUCUCGCAGACCUUGCGUUGUACACAGCUGCCUGCCUGGAGGAGGCUGGCUUUGCAGGGACCCAGGUAACAGUGCUCACCUUGUCCUCAGCCCUGGAGGUCCAUGGGGCACGGCUGGAGGACCAGGUGCAUUCUCUGGUGUCUGGGCUGUUGGCACAAGUGCCCAGCCUGGCUGAGGGGAGGCCCCGGCGGGUAGCCCUGCGGGUGCUGACUGCACUGGCCCUGGAGCACUCAAGGGACGUGGUGUGUGCGCUGCUACCUCGUUCGCUGCCCCUUGACUGGCCAGCAGCUGAGCUCUGGCGCAGCCUAAGCCGUAACCAACGCGUAAAUGGGCAGGUGCUGGUGCAACUACUGUGGGUGCUGAGGGCUACAGCGGGGCCCAAGCUGGAGGCACUGGCGGCCACACGUGCUCUUGGGGAGAUGUUGGCCAUUUCAGGAUGUGUGGGAGCCACACGGGGCUUCUACCCGCACUUGCUGCUGGCACUGGUCACACAGCUGCAUGAGCUGGCUCACAGCCACGCACAUGCCCCUGAUACUCCCAAGAUUUGGGUCCUGUCCCACGGAGGGCCACCACACAGCCAUGCCAGCUGUGCAUUGGAGGCCUUGAAGGCCCUGCUCACUGGAGAUGGGGGCCGCAUGGUGGUCACAUGCAUGGAGCAGACAGGAGGCUGGAGGAGGUUGCUGGGAGCUCACACCCACCUGGAGGGUGUCCUGCUGCUAGCCAGUGCCAUGGUGGCGCAUGCGGACCACCACCUGCGAGGUCUCUUCGCAGACUUGCUUCCCCGGCUGCGCAGCGCCAAUGACCUGCAGCGCCUCACAGCUAUGGCCUUCUUCACCGGACUGUUGCAGAGCCCGCCCACCGCACGGCUCCUGCGGGAGGAGGUCAUCCUGGAGCGGCUCCUCACCUGGCAGAGCGACCCCAAGCCCACCGUGCGCUGGCUGGGCCUGCUUGGCCUAGGCCAUCUCGCACUAAGUCGCGGGAAGGUGCGGCACAUAAGUACGCUGCUGCCAGCGCUCAUGGGGGCGCUGGGCGAGGGCGACGCAAGGCUCGUGGGAGCAGCGCUGGGCGCGUUGCGGAGGCUCCUCCUGCGGCCACGGGCUCCAGUGCGGCUCCUGAGCACAGAGCUGGGCCCAUACCUUCCCCGGCUGCUGGACGACGCCCGAGACUCAGUCCGCGCCUCAGCUGUGGGGCUCCUGGGGACGCUGGUGCGCCGGGGCCGGGGCGGGCUGCGGCUAGGGCUCCGUGGUCCCCUAAGGAAGCUGGUGCUACAGUGUCUCAUGCCGCUGCUGUUGCGCCUGCACGACCCAAGCCAGGACACUGCUGAGAGCUCAGAGUGGACCCUGGCCCGCUGUGACCAGGCCCUUUGCUGGGGCCUGCUAGAGGAUAUGGUCACUGUGGCCCACUACGACAGCCCUGAGGCCCUGAGCCACAUCUGCCACCGCCUGAUUAGGCAAUACCCCAGCCAUGUGCCCAACUUCCUGAGCCAGACCCAGGGAUACCUGCGGAGCCCAGAGGACCCCUUGCGCCAUGCAGCCACCGUGCUUAUAGGCCUCCUUGUUCAUCAUGCAAGCCCUGACUGCAUCUGCCAGAACCUGCUGGACUCCCUAUUUCAGGACCUGGGGCAGCUGCAGAGCGACCCCCAGCCGGCAGUGGUUGCAGCAGCACAAGUGUCUGCUCAGCAGGUGGCACUGCUGACCCAUGCCCAGAGCCAGCCCCGUGGCCCCCUCCUCCUCCGCCUGGCCCCAAUCCGCAACCUGCCCACCCGUCCCCCUCCAGUCUACGCUGACAGCCCCUUCCGGCGCCGUAGCCUUGCUGGCCGCUGGGGCUGCUCCGGACUGCGCCCAGCCUGAGGAUCAGGGGUCUGACUAGGACACUCCGCCCACACUGGGUUCAGUCCCUGCCCUGCUUGAGGGGCACCCUGGGCCUGGCGCUGGACUCUGGUGCCUAACCUUCAGGACUCCUCUCCAGGCACCCACCACCUUGACAGCCAUGUGCCAGAGAAAAACAGCUAGCACCUUCUGUCUCACCCCUCCCCCUGCACGCAUGGGUGCAUCUGCCCCCACCUGGCUUCUUGUUCUA